AUGGAGCACAAGGAAUUGAAAUCGCCGAAUCCCGAUGCUCGAAGCAUCGCGUUUGCAACUUGCACCAGGGCGGCAUUGAAAGGCUGGAAGACCGAUCCAGUCUUCCAGCCGUACUUCCACGAAACCGGCUUCAUUGUGUCUGGGCACACACCCGCCCUGAUAGAGCACAUCAAAGCAGAAGACAUCGACCCCUCUGAAGGCGACUGGGUGGCUCUGGAAUCAGCCGAAGAUUUCCGUCGAACGAUGCCACCUGGUGUCUUGACUGGUGAUUUCCCCGGUUGGAAGGGCUGGAUCAGCCGAGUCGGAGCUGGAUGGAUCCAUGCCCGAAAAGCGAUGGUAUCAGCAUACAACGAAGCGCAGCUCCUCGGUGUGGACUUCGUGAAUGGAUCACCACAGGGAAAUGUCGAAAGCCUGAUCUACAAGGAUGGAGAUGUGGCCGGGGCUCGAACCGCGGAUGGCGUGAGUCACUAUGCAGAUCGGACAAUUCUUGCAGCCGGUGCUGGUAGUGACCGUCUGCUAGAUUUUAAAAAGCAGCUGCGUCCGACUGCUUGGACCUUGAGUCAUAUACCCAUGACGCCCGAGGAAGCCGAUAAAUAUCGAAAUCUCCCUGUAUUGUUUAAUGUUGCCAAGGGCUUCUUUAUGGAGCCCGAUGAGGAGAAGCAUGAACUCAAGAUCUGUGAUGAGCAUCCCGGGUACUGCAAUUUCGUGGUAGAUCCUGAUCACCAGGGUGAGAAGAGAAGCAUUCCGUUCGCUAAGGAGCAGAUCCCCCUUGAAGCUGAAGCUCGGGCUCGGGAUUUCCUGCGCGACACUAUGCCUCAUCUUGCCGAUCGACCCUUUUCCUUUGCUCGUAUCUGCUGGGAUGCCGAUACGGUUGAUCGGGCCUUUUUGAUUGACCGACACCCUGAAUAUGCUUCUCUCGUGGUUGCCGUUGGCGGCUCGGGUAAUGGGGCCAUGCAAAUGCCUACUAUUGGAGGGUUUAUCUCAGACGCACUCGAGGGGAAGCUACAAAAGGAGCUGAAGGAUGUUGUACGGUGGCGACCGGAAACUGCGAUCCACCGAGACUGGAAGUCUACGCAGAACCGGUUUGGGGGACCUGAUAGGUUGAUGGAUUUCCAGGAUGUGAAAGAUGAUGAGUGGACAAGAGUUGGGGAGGAAAUGGCAAGUCGACUUUGA